AUGUUCGUGCCGGAGGCGGAGCUGCCCAUCUGGGUCAUCUGCUACAUCCCGGUGCUCAUGUCGCUCCUCAACAUCAUGCCGGCGCCCAAGUCGUUCCCGUUCAUCAUCCCCUACCUCCUCUUCGAGAACACCAUGUCCGUCACCAAGUUCAACGCCAUGGUGUCCGGCCUCUUCCAACUGGGGAGCUCCUACGAGUGGAUCGUCACCAAGAAGGCGGGCCGCACCUCGUCCGCCUCCGACAUCCUCGCGCUCGCCGAGGCCGACGCCCACACGCCGCCGCCAAGCCAAGCUCCUCUGGCUGCCGCCGACGCCGCCGCGCCGGCCACUCCCAAGAAGAGCAGCAAGGCCAAGAAGCCCAACCGAAUCUUCAAGAAGGAGCUCGCGCUCGCGUGCCUCCUCCUCACGGCCGCCACGCGCAGCCUGCUCUCCAAGCAGGGGCUGCACUUCUACUUCCUGCUCUUCCAGGGCGUCACCUUCCUCGCCGUCGGCCUCGACCUCAUCGGCGAGCAGGUCAGCUAA